AUGAGCGAUGGAAGACGACACCCUGCAAACCCCACUAGUGUAGAAUUUUUUGAUCCAAUGAAUUCGCAUAGUGAACUUCAUGCUGGACAUUGUGGAUUGCAGCCCUCUAUCGCUGCUGCUAUGGAAGGCUCUGCUUACCCCUAUCAUGCACACGAUUCUUCUGGCAUGGCAUUCGAAGCAAUGAAUCCCGUGGGAAACGAUCAAAUAUCUAGCGGACUAACCAAGGUAAACGCGGCACUCCAUUUAAAUGUGGGCUUGGCUGCCAGCCAAACUCAACCGCUCCCUUUGAGUGUGAACACGCUAAGUGAUGCCGCUCACUUAAUGAGUGAAUUCCAAUUGGAAUCGUUGAUAUAUGGUGCUAAUGCUGCUCAGCUUAUGUAUGACUUCUAUUUAGAAACUUUCAACCCCGCAGACCGUAUCAAUGCUGCCCAGCUGAUGCAGCAAUUUGAUUUGUGUAAUGGAUACUAUAGUCAGCAGUACUUGUGA